UAACAUUUUCAAAAUUUUAAAUACAAUUUGAAUUAAAAUUAUGACUACGUUACAAUUUUUGUAGAAAAACAUAGAGAAUUAGAAUAGAAAACAGAUUUUGACAAAAAUAUACUAUUUAUAUUCUAUUUAAUUUUUUUGUGUAUUCAAUAAUUCUAUUUAAUAAUAACAUGCAUAUUUUGUACCUGGAUGCAUUUACAAUUUUUAUUAUUCAAUUACCAUAGCAAAUAUUAUUGAUUUCUCAUCGAUACUAUAACUAAUGAUAAAAGCAACUGAGAGAAAAAAAACAACAUUUAUUAUUGGAGCACGUUAAAUCAAUUAAUAUACGAGUGCAAUUUGAACAAACGUAUUAUGAAUGUUAAAUUCGUCUUAUGCUUUUUUUAAAUAUAAUUAUUUAUAAAACAAAGUUAUAUAAAAAAUUAUAAUGAUAUUAAUAUUUUAUUCAAAAUUAAAUGAUAUAUUUUGGAAUUAGUUUAUAUAGUUUAUAUUCUACGCGUGAAUACUUUGCUAUGCAAUCAGUCUUAUUAUGCUGAACACAAGCGAAGAGUAUUCAUCAUUUAUUAAAAAUAUAUAUCUACCAAGAAGCAAUACUCUAAAUUUAGAUAUAGAAUUUAUCAUUGCUUCGUUACAUCGAAUGAUAGUAACUUCUUAAUUUUAGGAAAUAAUUUAUAAUAUUCGUUGUGCAUUGUAAUUAUUCAUUAUCAAAAGACAUCGAUCAACUGCGUAAUUUAUGCGGGAUCAAAAUCAAAAUUGUUUAAAAUAUAUACUUUCAUUCGUAUUUUUAUUGUUAAAAAUAUAUAAUAUCGAUAACAAACGAUAGUACAGUAAUUUGUUAUAAUUUCCAUACAAAAAUGUUUGAAAUAUUCGUAAAAAAUAAAUCGUUAGAAUUAUUAUUACAAGUAUUGUUCUCGUUGCAUAAAAAAUAUUUUAUUUAUACAUAUAUAUAGCACGUUUUUAUAAAAUUGUUAAUUUGCAACGUGCAUAACAUCGCUAAUGUUGUUAUUGUUGCCGAAGUUUUCAGUACUUUAUGUAUUAAUGCAUAUGUUAAAAAUUAUAAAAAUUAUUAUGUAUGUAUGUAUGUAUAACAUUCAUGUAAAAUUCGUAUGAAAUGAAAAAUAUAUUUUCAAUGUAAACGAUUUGUUUGCUUUUUUAUAAUAUAUCCAUUAGUAAUAAGAGUAUAAAGUAGAAUUCCUCGAUCGGUAAGAAGAUCAUUGUUCGAACAGUUUGAAGGACAAUGAAAAAAACUAUAGAUGGUAUCGAAUCGUACGCAACAGGUUGCAGGUAAAUAUACACAAGUGAAUAUGUAUUGAAGUGUAUGACGUCAUGAUCGAGAUAUCGAUAAAGAAAGAAUCAAGAAAGAUUCAGGGAAGCAGAUAUGAAAGAACUGUUAAAAAAUGUAGAAUCAAUACUUAUUAAAUGUAUGAUGAUUGGUGGGGUAUCGCAUAGGUGAAGCCAAACUUGAUCAUGGUUUAGUUAAAGAUAGUUUUUCCACCUCUUUCAGUUGCUUCCACCUGGCACACCCGAUUCGAACCGAAACUCCCCGAGUGGACGCGUCAACGUGCCGGUCACGGUCGUGGCCCAUUCUCUGAAACAACUACUGUUGCUUUUUGUGUUCUAUUUUUCAGUGUAGUCAGUGAUCUUUUCUUUUUUCAUGUUCGUUGCUUCUUUUAAGCGCUAAGCUUCGACGAGCUUCUCUAGUCACGUCGGACAUGAAAAGCGCGCUUCACAUCACGUUCAAAGUGUAGUGCAGUGCCUCUUAAUGGAGUGUGCCAACAUCGUGUAGCCACUUUCGUCGUGUUUUUCGUUACUCGCAUAAGGCGGAGUGCCGACAACCACGACUUGAGAGAUGGUCAUCGUCACGCGGACACGGAGAGACGAAAGUAAAACCGACUGACAAAAGAAGAGCCAAAUUGAACGGAGAUUUGUUUCGAGGUAACGAGCGGACGAGCUCUUCCGAUGUUGUUCCGGUGAGGUGAACAAUCGGAACGUAUACGAAUAUCAGGGAGAUUACAUAUGGAUCGAACCAAUCUCAGGGAGAGAAUUUGACGUUGCUAUCGGAGCACGAGUUAUUUCCGCGGAAGGCAGACGCAUUCAAGUGAAAGACGACGAUAACAAGGAACAAUGGCUGACUCCAGAGAGGCGAAUAAAAGCGAUGCAUGCCACUUCUGUGCAAGGUGUAGAAGAUAUGAUCAGUUUAGGAGACCUCCAUGAAGCGGGCAUUUUAAGGAAUUUGUUGAUCCGUUAUAAUGAGAAUCUCAUAUACACGUACACCGGUUCGAUUCUAGUCGCUGUGAAUCCAUAUCAAAUAUUGCCUAUUUAUACCGCGGAACAAAUCAAAUUGUACAAGGAUCGUAAAAUCGGAGAGCUACCGCCGCAUAUAUUCGCAAUUGGAGAUAAUAGUUACGCACAUAUGAAUCGAUAUGGUCAAGAUCAAUGUAUAGUGAUUAGCGGCGAAAGCGGAGCCGGCAAAACGGAAAGUACGAAACUAAUUUUGCAAUAUUUGGCAGCGAUUAGCGGCAAGCAUUCUUGGAUUGAACAACAAAUUCUGGAAGCGAAUCCCAUCUUAGAAGCAUUCGGCAAUGCUAAGACUGUACGAAACGAUAAUUCAUCACGCUUUGGAAAAUAUAUUGACAUUCACUUUAACGAACAAGGAGUAAUAGAAGGAGCAAAAAUAGAGCAAUAUUUAUUGGAGAAGUCACGAAUAGUUUCACAAAGUCUGGACGAAAGAAACUAUCAUGUAUUUUAUUGUAUGUUGGCUGGUCUUUCGAAAGAAGAGAAGCAAAAGCUAGAAUUGGAAGAUGCUUCUUCGUACAAGUAUUUAACAGGGGGUGGUAGUAUCACGUGCGAAGGUCGAGACGACGCUGCAGAAUUUGCUGACAUUAGAUCAGCAAUGAAGGUUUUACUCUUUUCUGACAUGGAAAUAUGGGAGAUACUCAAGCUUCUUGCUGCCUUGUUGCACAUGGGAAAUGUCAAAUACAGAGCUAUCGUCGUAGAUAAUUUGGACGCUACUGAAAUUCCGGAACAAACAAAUGUGCAAAGAGUAGCGCAUUUAUUGGGCGUACCUGUUCAGUCUUUGAUAGACGCACUUACUCGUAAAACAAUAUUCGCUCACGGUGAGACUGUUGUGUCCACGUUGUCAAGAGAACAAUCGGUGGAUAUUAGAGACGCGUUCGUUAAGGGGAUAUACGGGCGUUUAUUCGUGCACAUCGUGAAGAAAAUAAACGAAGCAAUUUACAGGCCCAAGAACACGUCUAGAAGCGCUAUAGGUGUACUGGAUAUAUUCGGUUUUGAAAAUUUCAGUCACAAUAGCUUUGAACAAUUUUGCAUCAAUUACGCGAAUGAAAAUCUACAACAAUUUUUCGUCCAACAUAUUUUCAAGCUUGAGCAAGAAGAAUAUAAUCACGAAGGUAUAAAUUGGCAACACAUCGAGUUCGUCGACAAUCAAGAUGCCCUCGAUUUGAUAGCCAUCAAACAAUUGAACAUUAUGGCAUUGAUCGACGAGGAAUCAAAGUUCCCCAAAGGGACGGAUCAAACUAUGCUAGCCAAGAUACACAAAACUCACGGAAGCCAUCGGAAUUAUUUAAAACCAAAAUCAGAUAUCAACACGUCUUUCGGCCUGAAUCAUUUCGCCGGCGUCGUGUUCUACGAUACAAGAAGUUUCCUCGAGAAGAACAGGGAUACGUUCAGUGCCGAUUUGUUGCAAUUGAUCCACAUAUCGUCGAACAAAUUUCUACAAGCUUGCUUCGCCGAAGACAUAGGUAUGGGAUCAGAGACGAGAAAAAGAACUCCCACCUUGUCCACUCAGUUCAAAAAAUCUUUGGAUUCGUUAAUGAAAACGUUGUGCAGUUGUCAACCUUUCUUCAUUAGGUGUAUCAAACCAAACGAAUACAAGAAACCGAUGAUGUUCGACAGAGGCCUUUGUUGCCGACAAUUAAGAUAUUCUGGAAUGAUGGAAACGAUCCGAAUCCGCAGAGCCGGUUACCCAAUCAGGCAUUCCUUUCCGGAGUUCGUCGAGAGAUACAGGUUUUUGAUACCGGGUAUACCACCGGCACACAAAGUAGAUUGUCGCGCGGUUACGUCAAAAAUUUGUCAUAUAGUGUUGGGAAAAUCGGAUUAUCAACUCGGGCAUACGAAAGUGUUUCUCAAAGAUGCCCACGACUUGUUCUUGGAGCAAGAACGCGACCGUGUUUUAACGCGAAAGAUCCUAAUACUACAGCGCAACAUACGUGGUUGGGUUUACAGAAGAAGGUUCCUCCGCAUGAGAGCAGCGGCAACAGUGGUGCAAAAAUAUUGGAGGGGUUACGCGCAACGACAACGAUACAAACGCAUGCGCAUCGGUUACAUGCGACUUCAAGCCUUGAUCAGAUCGCGAGUAUUAUCUCAUAGGUUUAGGCAUCUCAGAGGGCACAUAGUCGCUCUUCAGGCGCGAGCCAGGGGUUAUCUGGUGCGGAAAAUGUAUCAAAAAAAAUUGUGGGCGAUCGUGAAGAUACAAGCUCAUGUUCGAAGGCUGAUCGCGCAAAGACGAUACAAAAAGAUCAAGUACGAGUAUCGGUUGCACGUCGAAGCGUUGAGACUUCGAAAGAAAGAGGAACGGGAAUUGAAAGAUCAAGGUAAUAAACGGGCGAAAGAAAUUGCCGAGCAAAAUUAUAGGGAACGAAUGCAAGAGUUGGAGAGGAAAGAAAUUGAGAUGGAAUUGGAAGAUCGGCGUAGAAUGGAAAUUAAAAAAAAUCUGAUAAACGACGCAGCUAAGAAGCAAGACGAACCGGUUGACGAUAGCAAAUUGGUCGAGGCUAUGUUUGACUUCUUGCCGGAUUCAAGCAGCGAGGCUCCUACUCCUGCCAGGGAAACUUCUGUAUUCAAUGAUCUUCCCGCUCCAAAAGCGGAUCAACAGGAAAUCAUUAGUCCUGUUCAAACGGCCUCGGAGGAUGAGGAGGAUUUAUCAGAGUUCAAAUUCCAAAAAUUUGCGGCAACCUAUUUCCAAGGGAAUAUCACGCAUCAAUAUUCGAGAAAGCCGUUGAAGCAUCCAUUGUUACCUCUGCAUACGCAAGGGGAUCAGUUAGCCGCGCAAGCUUUAUGGAUCACGAUACUUCGUUUCACCGGAGAUUUACCCGAGCCUAGAUUUCAUACGAUGGAUAGAGAUACGACUUCGGUUAUGUCGAAGGUUACAGCCACGCUUGGCCGCAAUUUCAUUCGAAGCAAAGAAUUCCAAGAAGCACAAAUGAUGGGUGUAGAUCCGGAAACGUUUCUCAGACAAAAACCACGAUCGAUAAGACACAAGUUGGUCUCGUUGACGUUGAAACGAAAAAAUAAAUUAGGCGAGGAUGUGAGACGGAAGUUACAAGAAGACGAAUACACAGCGGAUAGUUAUCAGUCUUGGUUGGAAGCGAGACCCACCUCGAAUCUCGAAAAAUUGCAUUUUAUUAUUGGUCACGGAAUAUUACGUGCCGAAUUGAGAGACGAGAUAUAUUGUCAAAUAUGUAAACAACUGACGAAUAAUCCUUCGAAAUCUUCGCACGCUCGCGGUUGGAUUUUGCUCUCGCUUUGCGUUGGAUGUUUCGCACCGUCCGAGAAAUUUGUCAAUUAUUUGCGAGCAUUCAUUAGAGAAGGACCACCUGGAUAUGCACCGUAUUGCGAGGAUCGACUGAAGAGAACGUUCAACAACGGUACGAGGAAUCAACCGCCGAGCUGGUUGGAACUUCAAGCGACAAAAUCGAAGAAACCUAUCAUGUUACCAAUCACGUUUAUGGAUGGUAAUACUAAAACAUUACUUGCCGAUUCUGCAACCACCGCCAGAGAAUUGUGCAAUCAAUUGUCCGAUAAAAUAUCGUUACGUGAUCAAUUCGGAUUCUCUCUUUACAUCGCGUUGUUCGAUAAAGUAUCGUCCCUCGGUAGUGGUGGAGAUCACGUGAUGGAUGCCAUUUCUCAAUGCGAACAAUACGCUAAGGAGCAAGGUGCUCAAGAAAGGAAUGCUCCGUGGAGAUUGUUCUUCAGAAAAGAAAUAUUCGCACCUUGGCACGAGCCAACGGAAGAUCAAGUCGCUACUAAUUUAAUUUAUCAACAGGUAGUUAGAGGGGUCAAAUUUGGCGAGUAUCGUUGCGACAAGGAAGAAGAUUUAGCAAUGAUCGCCGCCCAACAAUAUUACAUCGAAUAUCACACGGACAUGAACGUCGAUAGGUUAUAUACUCUUUUGCCGAAUUAUAUUCCAGACUAUUGUUUGACGGGUAUUGACAAAGCGAUCGAUAGAUGGGGACAUCUCGUUUUGCAAGCAUACAAAAAGAGUUAUUAUUUAAAGGAGAAGGUACCUGCUUUACGCGUUAAAGAAGAUAUCGUUGGUUAUGCCAAAUUUAAGUGGCCAUUGCUUUUUUCUCGUUUUUACGAAGCAUAUAGAAAUUCUGGCCCGAAUUUGCCAAAAAAUGAUGUUAUUAUAGCUGUCAAUUGGACCGGAGUAUACGUCGUAGAUGAUCAAGAACAAGUACUUCUCGAAUUGUCAUUUCCCGAGAUUACCACCGUGUCUAGUCAGAAAACUAAUAAAAUGUUCACGCAAACGUUUAAUUUGUCAACGGUGCGAGGAGAAGAAUUUACUUUUCAAAGCCCUAAUGCCGAGGAUAUUCGUGAUUUGGUGGUAUACUUCUUGGAAGGUCUGAAAAAACGUAGUAAAUACGUUAUCGCUUUGCAAGAUUACAAAGCACCAGGUGAAGGUUCCUCGUUUUUGACUUUUCAAAAGGGAGAUCUCAUCAUUUUGGAGGAGGAAAGUACCGGCGAAACUGUUCUUAAUUCGGGAUGGUGCGUCGGCACAUGCGAAAGAACCGGUGAAAAAGGCGAUUUUCCAGCCGAGACAGUUUAUGUUUUGCCCUCGUUAACGAAACCACCAAACGAUAUUUUGUCCUUGUUCAGCAUCGAAGGGACAGAAAAUGGCCGAAAAUUGUAUCCGCAGCAAGUAAAUGGAGUAGAAUCUCGUGACAAACCUCACACCCUCUUAGAAUAUGCUAUUGAUCAUUUCCGAACGCCUCCAAAAAGAACAAUGUCGAAAGCAUUGACGUUGACAACAGCGCGACGUGGCCAUACCGAUGAGUUGUGGCAUCAUUCCAGAGAUCCGAUCAAACAACCUCUUUUAAAGAAGUUGAUAUCUAAAGAAGAAUUAGCCGAAGAAGCGUGUUUUGCUUUUAACGCGAUCUUAAAAUACAUGGGUGAUCUACCAACAAAAAGACCUCGAAUCGGUAACGAGUAUACCGAUCUUAUUUUCGAUGGACCAUUAAAGAACGAAAUUCUUCGGGACGAAAUUUAUUGUCAAGUCAUGAAACAAUUAACAGAUAAUCGGAAUAGAUUGAGCGAAGAGCGCGGAUGGGAAUUAAUGUGGCUAGCCACUGGUCUUUUUACUUGUAGUCAAAGUCUUUUGAAGGAAUUAACUUUAUUCUUGCGUACGAGACGACAUCCUAUAUCCCAGGAUUCUCUACAAAGGCUACAAAAAACUUUACGUAAUGGCCAGCGAAAAUAUCCUCCACAUCAAGUAGAAGUGGAAGCUAUACAGCACAAAACGACACAAAUAUUCCAUAAAGUUUAUUUUCCCGACGAUACAGACGAGGCAUUUGAAGUAGAUUCAUCAACGAGAGCUAAAGAUUUUUGUCAAAACAUUGCGCAAAGAUUAAAUUUACGAUCCGCAGAAGGAUUUAGUCUUUUUGUGAAGAUUGCUGACAAAGUCAUCUCAGUUCCGGAAGGGGAUUUCUUUUUCGAUUUUGUACGGCAUUUGACAGAUUGGAUAAGAAAAGCUAGACCGUCUCGUGAUGGCGUAUCACCCCAAUUUACGUAUCAAGUCUUUUUUAUGAAAAAGUUGUGGACCAAUACUGUUCCUGGUAAGGAUAGAAACGCAGACCUCAUUUUCCACUUUCAUCAAGAACUUCCUAAAUUAUUAAGAGGGUAUCAUAAAUGUACAAAAGAAGAAGCAUCGAGAUUAGCAGCAUUGGUGUACAGAGUUCGUUUUGGUGAGAGUAAACAGGAACUUCAAGCGAUUCCGCAAAUGUUAAGAGAACUUAUACCCGGCGAUUUAGUGAAGGUACAAAGUUCCAAUGAUUGGAAAAGAUCGAUAAUAGCAGCAUAUAAUCAAGAUGCUGGUAUGAGCCCAGAAGAUGCUAAAAUAACAUUUUUGAAAAUUGUUUAUCGAUGGCCAACUUUUGGUUCGGCAUUUUUUGAAGUUAAACAAAGUACAGAACCAAAUUAUCCGGAAUUAUUGUUAAUUGCUAUCAAUAAACAUGGUGUAAGUCUUAUACAUCCACAAACGAAAGAUAUAUUAGUAACGCAUCCUUUUACCAGAAUUUCAAAUUGGUCGUCAGGUAAUACUUAUUUUCAUAUGACGAUAGGAAAUUUAGUUCGAGGUUCCAAAUUAUUGUGCGAAACUUCACUUGGAUAUAAAAUGGAUGAUCUUUUAACUUCAUAUAUUUCGUUAAUGCUUACAAAUAUGAAUAAGCAACGUACAAUACGGAUAAAAUAAAUGUGAUUUUAUUGAACUAUUUUAAACGGUGAUUGAUGAUUAAAUGUGCGCAAGAUGAGAAUGUGAAUGAGGAAUGUUAAGAAAAUAUUAAAAUAGUCAAGACUAAGAAAUAUCAGAUAAUUCAAUAAUUAAAAAUUUUCGAUUUUCAUGCUAUUUAUCAAAUUAAUUUUAUAUUAAUUAUAGAAAAUAUAUUUAAAUAUUAAUCCAUUUCAACAUAACAAUAGAUAAUUCUGUACUUAUAGAUACACUCGAAUAAUUUUUCACAGAAAGAACGUUGCCAAGCACAAUAGAAAAUCUCGUAUAGUAAUAAUAAUAUAUCCUUAAACGUUUCUAUAAUAAGAAACGUUUUAUAUACAUAUAUGUUUUUGUUAUAAAUUUUUUAUUAUAUAUACAUAUAAGUAUAUACAAUAUAUUCACGUUACUGUUUUUACUGUUAUUGUAUCCAUUGUCGUUCAAGUUUCGUUAAUAUGAUAAUGUUUGAGAAUAUAAAGGGGAUUAUGAUGCACGUGUACACAAAUAAUUAGUUAAAAAAAUUUGUAUAUGAUUUAUUUACAAAUAAGAUUUUUCAUAUAAUUUUGUAAAAUAUUAUUUUAACAUAUAGGAAAAAGAAA